UGUUACAAGUUGGAGUUGGGUCCAUCAACAAUGAAAGAUCUACUUUGCACCAAACAAGUACAAUAAGACGACACUAAUUGAAAAGAAUUGUUAGUGUUCGAUCCAUGGAAGCACAGAGCGAGGAUAAGGCUGCGUGCAAUACAAAGGAGUAGAAGGAGAGCACUCCACCCAAAGCUUCUCAUGACAGAAUCCAACUCAACUACUGUGAAUCCAAACCAAGAUUGCACUACAACUUGAACAGAACCCGCUGGCCAAAAGCCACCAACCAAGCAGUCUAUUCCAAAGCGAUCACCACCACCACCUCCUCCUCCCUCUCCCUUCCGCAACAGCACAUAAGAUCACCUCUCUCUCUCUCUCUAUCUCUGUGUGUGUGAAGGUGUCAUUUGUUCUGCUUAGGUGAUCUUGUUCUUGGCCGACACAGCCGUCAUCGUCGUCGCCAAAUGGCGGCCGGGUGGGUUAAGUCGCUGCACUGCAAGUCUAAUGUUGUGGACGACGUCGUAUACAACCGGACGCCGUCGUCUUCGUCUUCUGCUAGGAAGCCGCUGCUCUCCUCCGUCUCCUGCAGCAACACCUCUCACGCCAUUAAGGACGUCUUCUUCUUUCCAAAGUACCUGGCCUCGUCGGCUUCGUCCUCGUCCUCGCUUCCGAAGAAACCCCGGCCUAAGGCGAGGCCCAAGUCCAAGCCUAAACCGACGUCCGCCCGCCCGCCCGCCUCGCCGGCGGCGGGACUCGUGGGGCCGGCCCACGCGGACCCAUUCCCGACGCUGGCGGAGCUUCCCACCGGUCACUCGUCGCGGCGGGUGGUGGAGAUCAUCUUCAGCUCGAGCUGGUCCUCCUCCGGCGGCAGGCCCGCCGCGGCGUUCCCGGGCGAGAUCGAGAUGCUGUUCCGGGUCCACAACCCGGCGCGGACGGUGGCCCGGUUCGAGGAGCACCGCGCGGCGGUCCGUGCCCGGGCCGCCCGGUCUGACGACGCGCGAUGCGCCGCCGACGGCAACGAGAUGAUGCGGUUCCACUGCGGCGUCGGCGGGGGGGUCGUCUACGAUGCCGGGGUGGCGUGCAGCGCCGUGUGGUCGGCGGGGGGGAAGGUGGAGGGUGUCCGGACCUUCGCGGGGAGCGGCGGAGCGCACGCGAGCGGGGGCGGGGGGACCGGGCGGAGGGCGAUGCUGGUGUGCCGCGUCAUCGCUGGCCGGGUCAAAGCCGAGUUCAACACCGAAUCGGAGGCCGAGUCGGUGACCCUGGAGAACGGGGAGCUUGUGGUAUUUGAUCUCAGGGCGGUGCUUCCUUGCUUCCUGAUCAUCUACAAGCUCUAAACUCAAAUCCGUCGUAAUCAUUUUCGUCCUCUUGUUCUCUCUUCUAUUCUUGUGGCGAUUCUCUUAACUCGGGCUACUGACUCGGUGGUGAACAGUGUGUUUUUCAUGGUGUAAAAGCUUCUCCUUUUUCUAUCUGAAGGUAUAGAAUCACUUUUCA